UUUUUUUUGGACAUUAUGGCCUCUACUCCACUGCUUCAUCAAAAACCUGGUUCCUCUAUUCUGCCACAAUUCUCUUCCGAUACCUCUCGCCCUCUAUACGAUCAUUUCCAUAGCACAUCUCUUAUCUUCUCCACCUCAUUUUCUACCGCGCCUACUGUAAUGAAAAAGAGUCGCAUUUCACAGGGUAGGAUCAUUUUAGUGAUCUGCAUCACGUUCAUGGUGAUGGCGAUUGCCCAUAUCCACUACAUCGGCGUCUAUCACCGACAACGCGAAGCUCAAAAACAUAACAAUAACACUCCGAGCCUCCGACGGCCCAUAACUGUGAUAACAGAUCCAUCACUAUCGACAUCGACAUCUGAAUACAACACGACCGAAACAGAACUGACAAGCAUUAUUCAUUACGCCAAUGGCACGAUAACAAAAGUAUUCAAGCCUGCGUUUUAUAAGGAUACCCAAGCAGCCCGCAAAGAGAUGGGUUCGUUCCUCGAUACUCUAGCCAAACGCACAUGGUGGAAACAUGAUGCUGACACCACCGCAUCAACGACAACCUCAAAAAAGAACUCUUCCUUAUCGCCGUCCCUGCCUUCUGAUGCAUUUUUCGGUUAUUUACCAAUGGGUGGGAGCAAUAAUCAGUUUACCUCGCUCCAGAGAGCUGCGGUUUUGGCAAAGGACCUCAACCGAACUUUGAUCAUCCCUCCUAUCAGCCCUAACUCUCAUAUCAAGGUCUGGGCUGGCCCAAGGUACUCUGAAUUUUAUGACCUCGAAUCAUUUUCGGCACGGUCAGGCAUUCCAGUCUUGGAAUGGCACGAUAUCAAGCAGACGCCAGAUAAGCCGCCCAAGGAGUUGACCCAUCAUUGGACCGAUUUUGCGGAGGAGCUGCCUUGUAUCCCCAAUGGGGGAAUUGGUGUGGAUGACAAGAAUCUGUAUGACCAUUUCCGACCCCAGUUCCUGAUGAACUUCAAGGCAGCCGAGCCUGAGAUCGGUCCCGACGAGAUGGCGGGCAAGGCUACAGAAUACCCCUAUGUCCGUGAUGUACUGUUGAAGGAUAAGGACGAUAACAUCGAUGGCAAGAAUGGCCCCCGUCAGAUGUGGAAAUGCCUCUCGUGCCCUUACUUCCUUGGAGGUGUAGACCUUUCAGAUCGAGCUUGGAAGGAAGUCGGGCUGCACAUGCGAUUCAAUGACAAGAUCGAGGCCAUGGCUGAUCAAAUCUUGGAUCAGCUUUUGCCAAAGCCAGCUAAGGACCUUCAAGCAAAUACCGCUACUGGCACUGUAACACGCCGCCAUCCAGAAUUUAUUAUUAUCCAUUUACGACGUGGUGACAUUGUGAACAAGUGCACUCCAGGCCAAGAUGAAAAGGACUGUCUGGUCCAGAUCGAGCAAAUUGCUGAAAAAGUGAACGAGAUUGAAAAGAAUCGUCAGAUCAAGGCCCUGGCGGCCUUGAAGGAUAAGAAGGAUGGGGAGGGUAACGGUGUCGUUUUGGAGAGACUUCCAGUGUUAGUAGCGACGAACGAGAAACGACCGGAGGAACUGGCCAAAUUGGAUAAGCUUGGCUGGACCAUGCUUGAUCAUGGCGAUAUAGAGUAUGAUGAGGAGGGGAAUGAGAUCGUGUCCAAGACCAGGAGACUGGGGACGAUGAACGCAUUUGGACCGUUCUAUCCACCGAUGCUUGAUGCAGUGUUGUUGACAAGAGGAGACUAUUUGAUUGGAAUGUCCAAUUCUAGAAUGAGUCAACUGGCAACCCAGCGCGGGGCCGCUUGGUAUGGUCAUACUACCAUGUUGAUGUAGAUAGUAAAUAGGCAUAUAAACUUACAUAUAGAUGUAUUAAAGACUAAAGAAGC